AUGUUCUACGGGCUGGAGACGCCAUCGCAGCGUUGGCCCUACAUCUGCUUGGACGAGGUUGGCGUGGACGAGUUCGUGCAGUGCAUGGCCGAGCGAGCGGUCGACGUCGAGGCGCCCGCCGACUCGUGCUACUUGGCACUGAAGGUGCUCGUCAUGAGGUGGUCAUGGGCGCCGUUCCUGGCGCGCUCCGCCCUGCAGGCGUGCAUGGGGACGGCCCUCGGCGUGGGCUCGGUGCGCGCUCGUCUGGCGCGCGGGCCCCCGACGUCUCAGCUCCGCGGCCGUGCUGGGGGCUGCGAGGCGCUCGACUGGGCUCGCACGGGCGACUGCGGUGUGAUGGCGAGCAGCGCGAGCGCGAAGGGCGGCGAGAAGGAGCUGCCCUCGAGCAUGGCGGCGAAGGUCAAGUCGCACGUGGAGUCCGCGGGCCUCGCGGUCCACGGGGAGGAGGGGGCGAUGGGGCUCGAGUCUCUGGGAGCUGUCCUGAGGGGCCGCCCCUGUGUGAUUGGCCUGUGCCCGUUGAAGACGUGUCGUCUUGCCCUCGUGGCCUUAGCCUUGGUGGGGGGACCCUGCUGGACAGCGACCAUGUUGGAGCGCCUCGUGGGAUUUUGGGCUUGGGCGGCGGUGUUCCAGCGAACGAGCCUCGCCAUCCUCGACCAGGUCUGCCACGAGAUGCGGCGCCCCUCGAGCUCAGCGGCUGCAUUCCGCCUGUCCGCGGUGGCGCGGGCCGAGCUCGCCGCCGCUGCCUACUGCGCCCCGCUCAUGGUCACCUGCCCAGAGUCGCCGUGGGCCCGCCGGGCCUUCGUGACCGACUCCAGCGACGUGGGCUACGGAGUUGCCGUCGCCCAGGCUACGGUGGAGGAGAUUCGCGCGGAGUCCAGAUACUGCGAGCUGCGAGGCUGGACCAUCGCCGCCGAGGACUUCUACACCAGCGAUGGCUGCGGCGGCUACGCUCACGACGCCGACGAGCUGGCGCAGGCCGCGGCCCCAGUCGUGGGUGGCCCGAGCGUGCGCGUGUUCGGCUUCCUCUACCUCUUCGCGGGAGUUCGGCGGUCAGGAGAUCUCGAGGAGUACUUGCGGCGGCGCGCGGGGAGCGCUGGCGUUCUCAUCGAGGUCUGGUCCCUGGAUGCAGUCAUCGACCCGAAGCGCGACCUCGCCGACCCCGACUUUCUGAACGUCAUCGUGGGGCUCGUCGACAAGGGCUACUUCCGCGGGCCGUGGGGGCGCGCCGACAUCAGGCUGACCUCGCUGGAGCGGCGGCGGCUCGAGCUGGGCGCGAAGUCGCCCAUGGCGGUGCUGGCGGUGAUCCGCGCGGUCUGCAUGGGGGGUGGCCUGUCGGAGCACCCGCCCGACCCAGGGGGGCCGCCUUGUCCGUCGAUCUGGGACCUCGCGGAGCUGAAGGACCUCGUCGAGGACUUUGGAGGGUGGGUGGACUUCCUGGACCAGUGCCGCUACGGCGCCCCCUCCAUGAAGCCGGCCAUGGUCGGCAUCUUCGGCGCGUUCGACAGGAGCGACGGGGGCGCCGCCGCUCGGCUCUGCCUCGCCUGCAACCACCAGGGACGUCCGACCAUUCGCACCGCUGCCGCGCAGACCUACCAGCCCGAGCUCUGCGAUGCCCUCAGCGAGGUCAUCAUCGAGGCGUUCGUGCACAUGAGGGCGUGGAGGCUCGGGCUCGAUGUCGACGGCGUGCGCGGGAUAUGCUGGUGGCUGACGCUGACCAUCUUCGACCUGGUUGGGCGGGCAUCGGCUGGCCGCGAGCCCCUGCAGCCCAUGGGCGCGACCCCGAUGACCAAGAGGGGCCACUUGGCGUGGGACAACUACGCGACGGACCCGAACGCUGGCCUGUUGGACGGUGGCUUCACGCGCUUGCUCACGCACUUGGUGGCUUACGCCACCGCCGCCCAGUGGGCCUCUAAGCUCACGUCCGAGUCGGAGGUCGACCGUGCGCUGGCAGACUGCGUGGACAUCCAGUGCUACGGCGAGCGCAAGAGAGCGACCCUUGGCUCGGUGGUCCUGUUCGGCAUGCUGGUGAUCUGGCCGGAGCUUCGCAACGAGUUUCCCUUCGCCCUGAGGGGCCUCGAGAGCUGGCAGAAGCUGGCCGGCGCGAGCGAGGGGGGCCCACCCCCAGAGGAGGCCAUCUACGCGAUCGCCAUCUACAUGAUCGAGCAGGGGCGCUAUGUGGAGGCCGUCUGCGGACGUCGCGCGGGGCGGCCAGUGCUUGGCCCUGGCCCUUGGCGCGGGGGGGGGGGGGGCGAGACGGGCGCCGGCCAGGGCGCCGUCGCGCGGCGGGGCUCGGUCGCCAACCUGGUCCUGGGCCCGCGCGGCUUCAGGGCGAGCAAGGACGAGGAGCUCUUCGGCAUCGACCAGGUUCGCUUCCGGAAGCUGUGGAACCAGGACACCGCCCGAGGCCGCGCGUCGCCCGAGCAGGUCAGGCGCCGCGGGAGGUGGAAGGCCUUGUCCAGUGUCCAGCGCUACUCCAAGACGUUCGCCCUGACGCAGUUCCGCGCGAGGAUGCCAGAGGUGGUCUGGGAGUCAGGCAUGCGCGCGGGGCGGGACUUGAAAGCGGAGAUCCUGGGAGCCCUGUUGCGGCGCCCUUUCCCGAGCGGCAGCCUCCCCGAGGCGAUCGAGAACGAUGUCAAGAGGGGCCUCGCCAAAGACGUCGCCGCCGAGCUGAUGGAGAUCAAGAGUUCGGGGGCGCGCAGUUUCAAGAAGGCCAGCCACGCUGGCGACGACGACCGAGACAGCUCAGGGGGCCUCUUCUCGGGUGAGACGUUCGGGGGAGGUUCAGAGUCUAUCCAGCGUCGGGGGCGCAAGUGGUGUUUGAGGGCGAAGCAAACCUCGAGAGCCACCCGGCGCCGGUCUGGCAGCGUAAGCGGGUCCAAUAUCCCUUACGUCAAGCAACGCUCCAGCAGUGCGCUUGCAUCGUAUGCGCCCAUUGCCACGAAAGUGUUCGGCAACAGCGAUUUGCAGCUGUGUCUGCGUUCCUCCCUGUGUCGAAGCGUCAUCCUGUCGAAGCUGUUAUUCAAUGCUUACGUCAGGGUGUUGAAGGUGCGCGAGUUGCGCGUGUUGAACGCCACUUGCAUGCGCGUCGUUCGUCGGAUGUGCCAUCGCGUGAACUUUGACGGCACUGCUGGCUCCGACAUUGAAGCGCGCAGGGCUGCGAACAUGGCUUCCAUGGAUUGCAUUCUUCUGCAGCAAAGGUUGUUGCACCUCGCUCGCCUCCUGAGGUUCGACAGCAGGGCGUUGCAGGCAUUACUGUCGCAGAGAGUCGCGCAGCUGGAUGCCCUCGACGCCGCGGCCGGCCGAGCCGCCAGGAAGGCAGGCCACACCAGGCCCCUCACGGACGGACCUGUGAAGCAGGCGGGCCAGUGGAGCAUGACCGCCGCCGCGGAGCCGCUCGGCGCCCGGCGCUCUGGGCCCGAGGACGACCCGGUGCUGGAGCUGAGGCGGCUGCAUCAGACGAGCUCGCUCAACCGGUUCUAUCCGCAGCGCCUUCCCGCCUGGGCGCGCCGAGGCCCCGACCCGCGGAGAGGCCUCGGCGACAAGGCGCCGUCCUGCUACCCGAGGCCGCCUUUGUCGCGGGCGGAGAGGCUGAUGCAGAAGUGGCAGUCCAUGCCGACGCACAGGCCGCAGCUCCCGUCGAUCGACCUCCCCGAUACGGACGACUCUCCGCCGGCGCCCGAGCCAGACGGCGAGGUGGCCAGAACGGUGCAGCGGGCGAGGCGCCGGCGCGGGGAGACGCGGAGCCGGUUCUGCGAGCAGCGCUCCACCAAGGACGGCCACCAGUUCCCGCACAUACCGUGCAGCUGCUGCAGCCGAACCACUCCGAGGCGCCUGGGACGGAGAGCCUGAAACCGCC